UUAUUUAUAAUUUUCGAAUGGUCACAAAAGUAGGGUAGGGUUUUCCAUUGACCCGUUCACCAUAGUUGACUACGACCAAAACGACAGAAAAGUGUAAACAAACCAGCAAUUGUCAUGUCAAAGUCAAAAGUAGGAGAGGAUGUUUAUAAAAAAGUAGAGAAAGUCAAUGCUGAACUAUUCGUGUUAACAUAUGGCUCUAUCGUCGCUCAAUUAUGUCGAGACAUGAACUAUGAAUAUGUAAACGAGGAAUUAGAAAAAAUGGGGUACAAUAUUGGAAUCCGACUUAUUGAAGAUUUCUUGGCUAGAACUGAAUGGCACCGAUGCGUAGAUUUUCGGGAGACUGCUGAAACAGUUGCUAAGGUCGGAUUUAAAAUGUUCUUGAAUGUGACACCUAUGAUAACAGACUGGUCGGAAGACGACCAGACAUUCACGCUGACUCUUGACGACAAUCCUUUAGCAGAGUUUGUAGAAUUGCCAGUGGAAGCUCGUUCGCAAUUAUGGUACUCUAACAUUUUAUGUGGAGUCAUUCGUGGUGCUCUUGAAAUGGUGCAAAUGGAUGUUGAGGCUUAUUUCAUUCGUGAUAUUUUACGGGGAGACGAGCACACCGAUAUGAAGGUUCAUUUGAAACAAAUUUUGAAGGAAGAAAUUCCUGCCGGAGAUGAUUAAUUGCUGAAGGAAUAUGUUUUCUAUUGACGAUUAAUGAACAACUGUUUGAUUAGUGAUAUUUUCGCUUUUUCCCUCUUUACGCUCUCUCUCUGUCUCUACCUUUUCAGUGAUGAGUUCCAUUCCCGUUUUCUUUGAACCUUUCAUGCUGUCAAUGGUAUGGUAUACAUGGUGGUAUGCCUAAGGAAAUACCUCAAUUGUGAUCAACAAUGAAGAUGUCCUCCCAAACCCAAAUGAAUCCUGUUUACAAUGGUUUCUGUGUAAACAAUGUUAGAUGUUAAUGGCUACUUUUGUACUGUGAUACUUAUGUAUCUCUUUUAAAACCCUUUUCUCGUCUAUUUCACUCAUGGACAACGUAUACGUCCAUGAAUAAGUAUAGAAAGAGUAUCUCCAAACUUUUCGUACAUAGUAACUUCCUGGCUUUAACUAUUGCUACAAGAGUAACCUCUUAUACCGUUUCUGAAAGUCACCAUUAUUUAUUAGUUCGACUUCUAAACUUUUCUUUUAAAAUAAAUAGUAUAGCAUCAUCAAAGCUACAAUAUCAUCGUA